UAAUUGACAAAGGGAAAUUGAACAUCAUCCUUCAAAGUUAAUCAUUAAAAGCGCUUUCAAAUUUUAAAGCACAAUUUUGUACAUUGCGAUGAAAACGUUCAUACUUGCUAUAUGUUUAGCUAAUUUCGCUUGUAGUGCUGAAAAGAAAAAUCGUGAUAUUCCUAUUCAAGACAAAAACAAAUGGGACAAAAAUGGUUUCAUUGUCUAUUGUCCAUGCAUGGGUCGCUUUGGCAACCAAGCUAGUCAAUUUCUUGGUGCAUUGGCAUUUGCAAAAGGCCUCAACCGCACUUUGGUUCUUCCACCAUGGAUCACGUACGAAGAUGCAGUGGCAGGCUCAGAACGAACUCCAUUUGAUAGGUGGUUCAAAGUGAAGCCUCUACAGGUUUAUCAUCGUGUUGUAACAAUGGAGAAAUUUAUGGUAAAUAUUGCUCCUUCCAUUUGGCCAAAAGGAACACGGACAGGUUUUUGUUACUUGUUUAGGAAUGGUAACCAGUGUGCCAUGAAGGAGGGUAACCCAUUUGGACCAUUUUGGGACCAUUUUAAUGUGGAUUUCGACAAUUAUGUUGAACACAAAGGCCUCUUGUAUGAAACUGAUUUUGAACCAGUUAAAAAUGAUUGGAUUUUGAGAUUUCCAAGUUUUGAAUACCCUGUGAUUGCCCUAAUGGGAGCACCAGGUGAUUUCCCAGAACUGGAGAGAAACAGAAGACUGCAGAAAUACUUGCAAUGGUCUGAUCAUAUCAAUAAAUUAUCGGACAAGUUUAUACAAAAUGUCUUGCCUCCGGGGUCAUUUGUUGGUAUACAUUUGCGAACAGGAUCAGACUGGAAAAAUGCUUGCAACCACAUUGGAAGUACAAAGAAGUUGUUCGCAUCAGAGCAAUGCACAGGCUAUAAUCAUGAAUACAAGCUGACAAAAGACAUGUGCUGGCCUUCGAAGAAAGACAUUGCCAUAAAAACCAGAAAGAUGGUAAAGCAAUAUAAUGCCAGUUCCGUUUUCAUCGCAACAGAUGAUGAUGCAUACACUACAGUCAUUGAAAAAGAACUCAAGAAACUAAAAAGAAUUGUGACAGUUCACCAACAAUCCAACCUCCAAAGCCGUGAUGCGCCUAUCAUUGACUUAGCCAUUUUAACAAAAUCCACACUAUUUCUGGGAAACUGUGUAUCUUCUUUCUCCUCAUUUGUCAAACGAACACGUGACUCAGAAGGUAAAGUAUCCGGGUUUUGGAAUUUUGAUCCAAGAACAUCACCUAAAACAAACCCAAAGAAUGAUGAACUAUGAAUGAUGGAGGAAUGUUUCAUAACGACAAAGAUGGAUUGUUACGGGAUAUUUAAUGCUAUAAAUAGAGCAACCCUUUGGAUGGUUUAAUAUUCGUUCACAAAACACACACAUUAUAUUGUAUAUUGGUAAAUUUUUAAUGAUCGAUAUUUGUGAAUGAUGUAGUUGAUGGCCAGCAAACAUGAGACAUAUUUUAUUUAAUUACAAAUUUACAGUUCAUA